UGAUAUUCUACAACUCAAACCUCAACCUCUCAAUAAUUCAAGACUCAAACCUCAAACUCUCAAUACUUCAACAAAGACCAAAUCAUACCAUCUAUCUAAAAUCACCAGAACCUUUACCACGAGAACCUUUACCACCAUCAAUAUCGUUUAAGCCGCCUAUUCACAAGUAACGUUCAAGCGGCCUAUUCUCAACACCCAUUCAAUAAUAGCGAUGAUGCGAUCCGGCCUCCGCAGGAGCCAAAGACGUUCAACGUCCCCUUCCGAAUCAUCUGACCACGGAGACAGCUUACCCACACGGACUACCACCUCACGUCGACGAAGACCAGCCAAGACUAAGUCUCCAGAAGCCCACAAGAAGCCCACCAGGAAACGAGCACGCUUCGAUGAUGACGAAGACAAUGAAGACAAUGAAGAUGAAGAUAAUGACGAAUUCAAUACCAACCACGAGCACACCAAUACAACAUUCGAGCCUACCCCAAAUAUGAGUAACUAUUGUGAACUCGGCAUGCAGUGGGGUUUGGCUUGAGCCGAAAAAUACCUCGCCAAUCUCAAUGUUCCCAAGAACAACCGACCAUCAGGCACAGGCCUUUACGAGGCACAAUCCCUUCAAUCGUCAUACCAGAUCGACAAGACAAUGCUCUGCAUCGUCUUGAAAGUCAGCCAAAAAGUCAUCGAUGAAGCUCUAUUGGAAGGCCCCCUAGCACGCGAACCCAAUAUGUAUACGAAUUAUCAAACUUACAGUAACGUUGCC